CUUGGCAGAGGUUCUCAGGAGACAGCUCUAUCAGGCUCCUGUCAGCAUGCACUUCUUGGCAUCAGCAACAGUGUCUGGGUUUGGUGGCUGCAUAUGGGAUGCAUCCCCAUGUGGGGCAGGCUCUGGAUGGUGAGAGUCCUGAAUCUUUCUGAGAUACUUCCUUUGCCCACUGCCCCCCACACUCAACAAAGCUUCCCUGGGUGGGCAUUCUUCAGUGUGCAGUUGUGAAUGACAUGGCACAGUCCCUCUUUUCUGUUUUCAUGUAUGUUUUCUUCCUGUAGGAUUAUUGUCUCAAGGAUCUGGGGUAUGGGUAGAGAUCCAUUGUGGAUGGGGCAUGGGUAGCAAACAUCGUAGCCACAAAGACCAGAAAGAGAAAACAACUGAUGGGAAAGAAAACAAUUACUCUUCAUGAUUCGGUGGGAGAAAGGGGCUCUAGAGAACAGUGUGGGCGCUGGAUGGGAGUUAGGAAGAAGAAAGAGCGCUGGAGAAGAUGAAAGGCUACCACUGAUGGCGCCCAGCUCAUUGUGUGUUCUUCCCCAGGCCUGGUCAUGGCUGGGUCACAAAGGGCUGUUUCCAACUCUGGGGCAUUCCCUGGUCCAAAGGACUUUGUGACACUGGCUUUAGCCCAAUUUUCCUAAUACAAGUAAUGCCUGUAGCUAGGAUCUGCUCCCCACUCUUGGAUACUCAUCCCCUGCCAUCCUCCAGCCAUCCCAGUUGGCUCCACACGGGCCUCUAGAAAGGGUCAGGCAGCUGUGGCAGCUAUUCCUGUAGGCGGACCUCAGCAUGGAAACAAUGUGGAACUGUGGAAAGCCCUGAAAACUGUGGGAGAUAAAUAAGGAUAGCAACAGAAUCCUUUCUGGUAUAAACAUGCUGUUUUCCAAACGUGCUCAUGGGUGGGGCUGAGCUGACGAAUGCUAACCUUUUGUUCAGGCAAGUCUACUGAAGAAGGAAAGUAGUGGUCAUUUCCAGGAGAGGCUCUGCCUCAGCCAGUGGAAUAAUGGAAAGGGCUUCCCUCCAUCCCACCCAGUACAACACAAGCUGGCACAGGAGUGUCUCCAUCCCUGGCUCUCUGCAUGAAGCUACUACAUUUCAUUGUCUCGCAUCCUCAUUACAGAGACCUAAAGGGAUGGCCCGGAGCCCGUCAAGUCACUCAGUCCAUUAGGGUAUAGAGGUCUACUGAUCAUGGCUUUCGCUCUACCUUUCAACUCUCAAAAGCAGGGCGAAGCACUGCCUUGUUUUCACAGUGGCCUCCAGUGAAUCUUCUGGCCUCUGUACUCACGGAGGAUAAGCAAAUGCAGAGGGAUUCUGCUCCUCCAGCUUCCCAAUGCAGCAUUCCAUGACCCUGUGGCCAGGUGGGCCACACACCUUCCUCCCUGCCUUGGGGGAGGUUCACUUAGAUGAGAACAAGGCUUACUUCCCAAGAUCAUCUUCCAUUAGGCGUUGUAAAACUUGCCUUCAAAAAUGUAUUUGCUGAACUUGUCUUAUCUUUGUGUCCACUUCAGAGCAGGGCUGGGCCUGGAGGCGGUGAGUACUUUGUGUCUUCCAUAGAAAGGGAAAGUUAGUCAACAGGAGCUGCCCUCUCCACACCCCUUCUCAGCACCAUAGAAUGCCCAGUCCCACUCCCACAGUCCUUGCCAGCCUGGGAGCUAGCUGGAAUUCCCGGCAACAAAGCUCUGAUUCACUGGGUAGGCUCGGACAUGGCCGCCUCCUCUAGAUUCCUGGGGGGUCAGUAAACAAACAGGGUAGCAGCCCCUGCCUCCUGGCCUGGCUCAGCUCUGCCUGUCACCCAGAGCACGCUUGCUCAGAGCUCUUCAAGAUUCUGCCUGUCUGCACUCACCAAACACGGGGUCCCGAUUCCUGCUGAGGGAAAACCAUGGACCACUCUGAUCCUGCAAUGGACUCCUCAGGCGGCACAGGUUAGAGCUGCGGUCACCAUCCCUGCACCACCUUGGGAUGGUGCCGGGGAUCCCUGCCUAAGUCCAAAGCUCUUGAACGGGUCUGUUGGAGCCGUUGGCCCCCUGGAACCAUCAGCCAUGAAUCUGUGUUGGAAUGAAAUAAAAAAGAAGUCUCACAACCUCCGCGCUCGCCUAGAGGCCUUCUCAGACCACAGUGGAAAACUUCAGCUCCCACUCCAAGAGAUUAUUGACUGGCUCAGCCAAAAGGAUGAAGAAUUGUCAGCUCAGCUGCCCUUGCAAGGGGAUGUGGCCCUGGUACAACAGGAGAAGGAGACACAUGCUGCCUUUAUGGAAGAAGUGAAGUCUAAAGGCCCCUAUAUCUACUCUGUGCUGGAAUCGGCACAGGCUUUCCUGUCUCAGCACCCAUUUGAGGAAUUAGAGGAGUCUCAUUCUGAGAGCAAAGAUACCUCCCCAAGACAGCGGAUUCAAAACCUCAGUCGCUUUGUGUGGAAGCAGGCAACAGUGGCCAGUGAACUGUGGGAGAAGCUGACAGCCCGCUGUGUGGAUCAGCAUCGCCACAUUGAGCACACCCUGGAACAUCUAUUGGAGAUCCAAGGGGCAAUGGAGGAACUGAGCAGUACUUUGACCCAAGCAGAGGGAGUCCGAGCCACAUGGGAGCCCAUAGGAGAUCUCUUUAUCGAUUCCCUCCCAGAGCAUAUCCAAGCCAUCAAGUUAUUCAAAGAAGAAUUCUCUCCUGUGAAAGACGGGGUGAAGUUAGUGAAUGACCUGGCCCACCAGCUUGCUAUUUCUGAUGUGCACUUGUCAAUGGAGAAUUCAAGGGCUCUGGAACAGAUCAACGUCCGCUGGAAACAGCUCCAGGUGUCAGUUGCUGAGAGGCUUAAACAGCUCCAGGAUGCCCACCGGGACUUUGGGCCUGGGUCACAGCACUUCCUCUCCACUUCUGUUCAAGUUCCCUGGGAAAGAGCAAUUUCUCCCAAUAAAGUCCCCUACUACAUCAACCACCAGGCUCAGACCACAUGCUGGGACCAUCCCAAGAUGACCGAGUUAUACCAAACCCUAGCUGACCUGAACAACAUCAAGUUCUCAGCUUACCGCACUGCCAUGAAGCUCCGCCGAGUCCAGAAGGCCCUGCGCUUGGAUCUGGUAACUUUAACUACAGCUCUGGAGAUCUUCAAUGAGCACGACUUGCAGGCCAGUGAACAUGUAAUGGAUGUGGUGGAGGUCAUUCACUGCUUGACUGCCUUGUAUGAACGACUGGAGGAGGAAAGAGGCAUCCUGGUCAACGUGCCGCUGUGUGUAGACAUGAGCCUCAACUGGCUCCUCAACGUUUUUGAUAGUGGCCGCAGUGGAAAGAUGCGAGCAUUGUCCUUUAAGACUGGCAUCGCAUGCCUGUGUGGCACUGAAGUGAAAGAAAAACUUCAGUAUCUCUUCAGCCAAGUGGCCAAUUCAGGCAGCCAGUGUGACCAGCGCCACCUCGGUGCCCUGCUUCAUGAAGCCAUCCAAGUGCCCCGUCAGCUGGGUGAAGUGGCAGCAUUUGGGGGCAGCAAUGUGGAGCCCAGUGUCCGUAGUUGCUUUCGCUUCAGCACUGGCAAGCCAGUCAUUGAAGCUUCCCAAUUCCUGGAGUGGGUCAACCUGGAGCCCCAGUCUAUGGUGUGGCUGGCUGUUCUUCAUCGGGUCACCGUUGCUGAGCAAGUGAAGCAUCAGACCAAGUGUUCUAUCUGUAGACAGUGCCCCAUCAAAGGGUUCAGGUACCGGAGUCUGAAACAAUUUAACGUGGAUAUCUGCCAGACCUGCUUCUUGACAGGCAAGGCCAGCAAAGGCAACAAGCUCCACUAUCCCAUCAUGGAGUAUUACACACCGACCACAUCUAGUGAAAACAUGAGGGACUUUGCCACAACCUUAAAGAAUAAAUUUCGCUCCAAGCAGUAUUUCAGCAAACACCCUCAGCGAGGUUAUCUGCCUGUGCAGUCAGUACUGGAGAGCGACUGCAGUGAGACACCUGCUUCUUCCCCGAUGUUGCCACACGCUGACACACACUCUCGAAUUGAGCAUUUUGCCAGCAGGCUUGCUGAGAUGGAAAGUCAAAAUUGUUCCUUUUUUAAUGACAGCCUGUCCCCGGAUGACAGCAUCGACGAGGACCAGUACCUGUUGAGGCACUCCAGCCCCAUCACAGACCGAGAGCCGGCCUUUGGACAGCAGGCUCCGUGCAGCAUGGCCACAGAAAGCAAGGGGGAACUCGAGAAGAUCCUGGCCCAUUUAGAAGAUGAGAACCGGAUUCUUCAGGGAGAGCUGAGGCGCCUGAAAUGGCAGCACGAAGAAGCAGUCGAGGCACCUACCCUAGCUGAGGGCUCUGCUGAAGCAACCCCAGACCACCGCAAUGAAGAGCUUCUAGCUGAAGCCAGGAUCCUGCGGCAGCACAAGAGCCGCCUGGAGACACGCAUGCAGAUCCUUGAAGACCACAACAAGCAGUUAGAGUCUCAGCUGCAACGCCUGAGAGAGCUGCUCCUGCAGCCACCCACUGAAUCAGAUGGCAAUGGCUCUGCAGGCUCAUCCCUAGCCUCCUCCCCACGCCAGUCAGAAGGCAGUCAUCCCCGGGAGAAGGGACAGACUACUCCAGACACUGAGGCUGCAGAUGAUGUGGGUUCAAAGAGUCAGGAUGUCAGCCUAUGCUUAGAAGACAUCAUGGAGAAGCUCCGCCACGCCUUCCCCAGUGUGCGAAGCUCUGAUGUGACUGCGAACACUCUGCUGGCCUCUUGAUGGAGUCAUACCCCCAUCCUGUAGUUCAUAGUCCUUUCCUGAUUCUCGUCAAUGCCGUCCCUUAACCUUUGCCCAACCUUUCCAGUAGCCACUGGCCCCACAUUCCUCAGCCAGAGAUAUUUGGGCCUGGGGCAGCAGCAGGGAUCUAAUGGCUUGUGAGAUGUGGUGGAGGAAGAGAGGAGAGCUGUGUUACCUCUGACUCUAGAAAUGUACCCAUUAAUCCUUAAGACUGAACCUGUCCCUUAUGUUAUUCUGCUGUUGCAGCCCAGGCAAAGGCACUUGUCACCCAGAUAAGGAGCAGAAAGUUACCUUGCAGAGCUAAGCAGUGCCCACUGGUCCCUUUCGCUUCUCCAUGGAAUCAAAGAAGGGAAAGCCUAAUGGCCUCGAGGUUCUGCGUUAUUGAUCUCCUACUAUCUGGCCCAACUGAAAGAGACAAAUGGGUAUCCCUGAGACAUUCCUCCAAAGGGCGCCUUAGGAAGUCUAGGCAGUUUAUGUCCUAUUAGUUCAGCUCCAGAGCAUAGUUCUUGAGGAUUCUAUCUACAUGUUUUUUCCUCCAAUAUCUUUAAUUCAUCCUGCCACAGUACCUAGCAGAGCUUCUCUGAUGGAGGAGCAUUUUCAUUGUAGACACGCUUCCACCCUAUAUUUGGAAACAUUAACAUAAAAAAUACUUGUUUCUUUAAAUACCCCCCCCAUGAUCCUAUUUUCUGGUGGCCUUGGCAUCCCAAGAGACUCGUUGAGAUGCUCUGGAAAGCCAUCCGAAGUCACUCUGGUUUUCUGAGUCUGUCCUCACUGAGCUGCUGGCAGGAGUGGCAUCUUCUUCAACAAAGAGGCCUUUACUUUCUCUUUGUGUGUGUGAGAGAGAGAGAAAGAGAAAGGAAAAGAGACCCUCUAUCCUAGAGGAGUAUAAACGAGGAUAUAACCAAUUGAUAGCAUAGGUUAGACUGGGUAAGAUGGCGGAUUGCCCCCAAAUACUCACUGGAAAAGUUCCAACUGACCAGCCUGAAUGGUGAUUCCUGCUUUAAAGCUACUAAACUUGAAUCAGAAAACUGGCCACAUUCCACGCAAAGUGGAAUAGCAGCGAGGUCUUCCUGUAUAUCAAACUGUUGCUAACAAUGAAAGAUGAACUCGGUCCUCAAAAUGAACUAACUUCUCCUCGGCUGUAUACACUCUGACUCCUUUGGCUAGCAACUGUUCAGAACAGAAUGUGGAUGUGGAAAGAGUGGGUUGGAGAACUUGAAGCAGAGGCAGAGCCCACUUUGACUACUUUCUACAGAGGAGAGCUUUCACCCCAGAGUCUUGCAAUGGACUCAAUUUUGAGUUUAUAUAUACAUAUCUAUACUACAUUUCUACUGUACAUCAGUGUUCUCCCAGCCUUACUCAAAUAUUAAAUUCUAAUAGUUCUUAAAGAAUUAGUGUCCUGCCUUGCUCUUUGUUAGCCUCAGUCUCUAGCAGGAAGGGAAGGGAAGGCAUCCUGGCUGGGCCCUUAAGGACGUUUUUCUCUAUACUGAUAUUUGAGGUACAUUGACCUUUAGACCAAUCCAAAGAAAGUCUGUGGCCACAGAGUAAUCUAACAGGAAGAGGCAUUCUGUUCUCUUCACUAUUUCAAACUUUGUUCCACUGAGACUUGAGCCUUAGGUAAAAUUUUCUUACCACCCUUAAAAAGUGAUUUGGGAACCAAAGUAGAACACAUCCAAGCUCUACCCACUCCACACAGAAAGAAUAAAUAAGGCAUAUGUUAGUCUCUGCCAGGCUAAGACAGAAUACAUCCUAUCCCAUUAGGGCCUAAGGUCUGCAUCAUGGCCUUAUAGAAUGCAGUGGUUGUCAUCACAGUCAGGAGAAAGUGAGAUAUUUACAGUUCUGUAUUAUAAUCCAAGCCACAGCACACACAUGGACCUGCUAGGAACCUAGCUUGAUCUGUUCCAGGGAGGUAGAGUAGUAGCUUGGCUCCAGAAAUCAAGAUUGCAUUCUCCCCAACCAAGCCACAGAUUCAAGGGUCAAAUCUCCUGCCUGGAGAUCUCUCAGAAGAACUGGGUAUCUGCUUGUAUUGUGAGCAUUUGGUAGGCAAGCAUCAAACACAGAACCAGGUCAUAGUCAGAAUGAGGCAUCUUUGUAGGAGCCUAGAUUGUGGGCAGGAUUCAAAUAAAUUUGUUGUGGAAUAGGGGACUCAGAAACUAUGAACUGCAUGCCUCCCUAAGGCUUAGGGACAUGGAUACUAUGAAACAAUCUAAGAGUCCUUUUGUAAGCCCCAUCCAAGAGUUCUUAGGCCACCGAGGGUCUGUGACAACUUCAAUGGACUGGACUUGGUAGAGAAGAUGUUGAUCUUGUUAUGUAGAAUUUGUGCUGGAUGUAGACCGAAGCAGCAGGUCAAGGUUGAAGUCUCACUAGGAGAGUCACUGGCACUUUGCCAUCUUGUGUUUACCUGCCAUACCCCAGACGAGUACAUUGCUCAGGGAUCCAGUAGCAGUCACUGCUGCCUAUGUAGGCAAGUUGCCUGCAGUGAUGAAAAUGACUCCUCGGACAGUGUGAGUCCAUACUGGGGUUGAAUUUAGCAAAAUGUGCUCUAUGUUAUUGGGUAUGUUGUGUGUUGAAGGUCCUAAAGGAGCCCUGUGUAAUGUAUAACCCUGCAGUUGAAGGUAGUGAAAGAGUUGCUGGAUUAGUAACCUGCGUUAUGAGAUAGCAUCAGUGACGGGGAAUGUGUUUACUGGAUUUUUUAUCAAAUAAUGUAGGCAAUUUAUUCUGGACAGAAUUUGAUAGAGAGCAAUAAGCCAUUGGGAGGGUAGCUGUGCUUUCGGCUCAGAGUAGCUUCACACUGGUUGGCAAUUGUAAGGGAAGGCUGACUGGCUAGAAGACACAAGACUGUGGUAUAUAGUUCCAUAGUUUUCUACCCAGGAGGCCAUGUGCCCUUCUCUUCAGAAUGCAAGGGUGAGAAUCAAGGUUCUCAAUGUUCCUCACAAGGCCGAGACUCUGGCAGGACUUCACUAUGGAGAAAUCUGAUUGGGAUUCAGGUGUUUUGUGAACUGGUCUGGCAGGUCACAAUAGUGAAAAACAAACCAAGGGGCAAGGCAGAGGCAAAGCCUGGGAAAUUUCUUACCACCAGAUUAAUGUUAAAGACUACUAUUCCUUCCUGGGGUGUGUGUUUUUAAAGGGUUUGGGGGUUCAGUCCCCAGCUUCAGGCUAGAGCAUUUGCUGAACUCACAUUUUCAAUGGCAGAAUUGUGGCCUCUGGGACUAUUUUCUGUUAUUAAUCCCAUCCAGUUUCCCUUGGUACUUUGACAAAUAACCAACAAACUGAGGGACAGUCCUGGAGGAGAACCUAGAGGCAUUCCCCUAAGGCUGUGGAAAUUCAGCUCCUCAGCUGGGUAGUCCAAUCUGUGGGCCUCCCUGCAAAAUCCUGGGACUUGGAAGAAAAAUACUUCAGCAAUUCCUCGCUGUUUUAACUCCUCCUUUAGCUGCCAUUUUUGGAAGGAGACCUGCCAAAUGCCCUUGCUGUUCCCAAGGCAGUAUAAAAGGCAGACUGAAGUUGACUAUGCUGCUUGCUGGCUGCAAGAAUUGAUCACAAGGAUGAAAAUUAGGGGAUAGGGGAGGUGUCAAGGGUGGCAUGCAAAUGUAUUAAAGUUCGGGGUGAAGGGGGCUAGGAGCAAAUGGGUUAAUGUCAGUUGCCACUCACUGUGGUGCUUUUCCCAUUUUAUCCUUGAAUUCCGCUUUGAAGAAUAAAUUUGUAUUUGUUUA